UUUUUGAGUUUGAUAUAUAACGCGUAGCUUAGAUUUGAAGCCAAGGAAGGCAGUGAGUUGACUGCGUGGAAAGUAAGCCUAGUUGUGCUCUAUAAAUAUAAACAAGGGGUGAUGCUAUAAGCCUCUCUCAUUCUCUCUUUUAUACCUUCUUCAUCCUACAAUAUCAUAUACAUGCAAAAUACUAACAUGCCAUUGCCAGGCAGCGCAGAUGAGUCUCCAACAGCUUUUAGCAUUGAUGAGAAUUUAGGGGAUGCCACUAAUACCACUACAAAUGAUGCAGGUUCUAGUUCUAAAGCAGACUCUAAUUUGCUCUCAAUCGUUCCAACUGGUAGCUCUCUUUUCAGUACUACUACUAAACCAAACACUUCAACUCCAACACUGUUUGGUACAAAUAAUGCUACUCUUUUCUCCAAACCCUGUAGUACUACUGCUCAACCAACUGCAACUGCACAAUUCGGGUGUGGCAGCAACACUAGUAGUGGUCCUUGUUUCUUCAAUACUGCCCCUAAGAGUACUAGUUUUGGUCAAUCUUUUUUCAAUAAUGGCUAUGCUCAACAUCAAGAUCACCCCAUGAGUUCCAUGGCCGUAGAACAUUCUACUCCUUCGCCGUUUGGUUGGGCGGCUUUUGCCCCUCAGCCCCAGCCACUCUUUUCUUUCACUACUACAAAAACACACUUAGACGCAAGACCAACACCUACGCUGCAUCUUUGCCAAAACUGUGGACAUAAAUCGCUGUGGAGGGCUAGCCAACAAUGGGGGAGUAAUGGGUUGGAUUAUACUCCCACUCCUUUUUUCCAAGAGAGACCAAAUCUUUUUGGAGAUUACGUAAUGAUUCUUCACUCAAUAUCAGCCAUGCCCUUCUACCAACACAAGUCUCACGAGGAAUUGAGAUGGGAAGACUACCAAGCACAAGGAAAAAGCAAUCAAAAGAAGAGUACAACAAGUGGUGUCAUCAUAAAAGUGAGGCAGCCAAGCCGCUUCUACAUCCUACUAAAGAAAGUGAUGUCAUUCGUGGCAAUUUUAGUUAUUGCUCGACUACUCCAACGUUAUUUCGAGGAAUGACUACAUGCCUUGCCACGUGUCCGAUGAUAAGUACUUUUCAUAUUGCCGAUGUUCUGCCUCCUAUGAUUUACCUAUCAAUUUCUAAAGUUACUAUUUCGAAAUGUUCUUUCUUAGUUUUCAUUUUUAAAAGCAUUGUUUUUGUUUCUUUUCCUUGUUUGCUGAAUACAGCAAAAAGUGCUUGGUAGCUUUAAUUUUCUUCUUGUAAGCAAAAACAAAUGACAAAGCACGUCUUAUUUUGAAGACACAA